AUGAAUGGUAUUUUUGGACGUUUGCCACCCUGUACAAUGAACGGGUACAACUACAGUCGUCCACAGAGCAUGGAUUUUUACGACCCGACCGAAGCUGUGAUGUAUGGUAAGAGUGCAGUGAUAAACAAUGUCCUCUGAUUUGGUUGCGUGCCUUGAUGUCAUAAAUUUGGUCUCAAUCCUGAUAAUCUUUCCUAUUGUGCUAAGUGGCUUUAAGGCUAACCGUUCUCGACUGACUCCCGUAAAGGAUUGUUUAGUCUCUGAUGAAAAUGAACAGCCAUAGAAAGACAACUAAAACAGAAGUUCUUUGUCCUUAGAUUUAUCAAGUAGAAUUUCAAAGAUUUCCACUGAAAAAUAUAACUUCACCUCCGAGACCUUAAAGCAUAAGAUAUGUACAUCUGAACUUGACAUUUUGAAAAUUUCCCAACAAAUUAUAAUCACUGUUAUCGUCUUACAAAACUCACAUUUUACAACAUGGAAAUCUCUACUGAGAAAUCAGUGCUCAGCUACACUAUCUUUCUGUCUUAAAGAUCACGUUUUGCCACUUUUAUAACGUGACCGCGUAGGAUUUCAUACCUUAUUAGCGUGUUUAUAGAUUUUUUUUUAACAUAAUUUCCUAGUCUUUUCCUGUUUAUGACUUUAAUCCAAUGGUUUUUUCAAAUCCCUGGGAUAAUAACAUAAAUGCAAGCAGAGCUGUUCCAGUUUCGAAAUAAGUCAGUAUCACGAUUGGUUGAGAUUCUUAAACAUCAGGUCACAAAGGAAAAUGAAGGUUCCUCUUUUAAUGAUGUAGUAAACGGAAUCUUUGCAUUGUCAACUGAAUUUACACUUGAGUUUUUCCAGAAUGGAGUAAAAAAAAAAAAGUAGUGUUUUUCUUGCACAUAAUUGCACUAGUUAGUGUUCAUUUGUAUUAUUUCUGUUCACGUCGUUUAUAUCGUUACCUCUUCAAAGUUUGCUCAAUGAGUUCCCCACUCGUCGAGUAACACAUGAGGGUAUAGCUGUAAGUUUGACAAUUUUUUUUAUGCAUCAGCAUUAUAAUCCAUUCAAAUGCGGGAGUCUGUCAGAAAAACCCUGGAUAAUCCCUUAUUGGACAGCCACCUUAAGAGCUGGUUUGCUAUUUUCCUAAUUGAUAUAGAGAUUAAGGCUGACAAAAAGCGGUAUAUACAACCCAAUCACAUAACCAAGCCCACCACUCGUACGUGUUUUGCUUGGUAUAAGAAGACAGAUAUAAAUUAAUGCUUUGGGACUAAACUAAACUUGAAGUCGGUUAGCUUGCAAUAUGGAGUUUGCUUGGCCAGGUUUAAUGCCGUGUCUUGGCUGUCCCCAAUGUAUAACGUCAAGGUUUUUUGAAGGUAUUAACUUUCUUAUGUUUUGUGAUCGAAAAAGUUUGUCUUGGGAUUUGAGAUGUUUGGCAAACGGUGGAAAUGUCUACUUGAAAAUUUAGGAAGAGUCACUUACAAAGACCCAAAGAGGAUCGUAUUAUCCAUUUUAUAAGUUUGAGAGCAGCGAGUUGAAUGUAAGCAGCUACAGCUGUAGCACUCGAGUACUUGAGCUUGCUUCUCGAAGAUUCUUGUUGAGGAUAAGUAUUACGAAAUAUGAAUUAUGAUGGGCACAACUGGAUUCUAAAAUGACGGAAAGGAAUGAAAGUCCUAGAUGUAGGAGGGUCGGGUCUGACUUACCUGAUUGUUGGACUCCAUAAAUAUAUUUCAAAAUGGAACUGGACAAGAAUAAUUGGAAACUUAUUCCUUGAGAACCCGUUUAAAUGUGGUUGAUCCAUCCACUGAAACCUGCGUAGAGCUGAAAUUCCAAGACAAUUGUAAAAUUAUUGCUUCUUUUUGAAAUCGAACGCAAGACAGACUAACACAAUCCCAUCAGUUCUUUACAAAGUAUAUUUUUCUUCAUGUAACCGUUUUUUAUAAUUUUUUUUAAUUAAAUAGUUGUCCUCUUUUGUUCUAGGACCUCCACGAAAACAACGUCGUGAGCGUACGACUUACACCAAAGCUCAGCUUGAAAUUCUGGACGAGCUAUUUGCUAAAACAAAAUAUCCGGACAUCUUUAUGAGGGAGGAAGUUGCUAUGAAAAUUAAUCUUCCGGAAAGCAGAGUACAGGUGAGAGCAAAGAUCCGUCUUGAGACAAAAGGAUUAUUUUUUUGUGUAUUCUCGUAACUGGGAGAACCAGGCCCCUGUUGUGGGAUAUGUCCUACUUGGAAAAAAAUGUGUUGCUUCCAAGACAGUUGACAGAUUUCAUGCUUUUCUUGAAUCUUCCUAAUUCUUUUGUUGUUUAGAUUUUAUUGGCCAGAGCAAGUUUUAAGUCACACCACUUUCACAGAAUCAUUCAUGCGUCUUCCCCGCAUCAAAUAAUUUGACAUAUUGCCAUUAGAAUCACCGGUGUGCUUCACUGAUAUCUGCGUUACUUAAAACGACGAAGUAGUGAGCUUUUAAUUCUCUGCUAAUGUAUAUUGUAAUCAACUAAGGACUGUCGCCGCCUAGCCAUUUUAAUCGUCGCUCUCAAAUAUUUCGAGCUAUUUUUGGUCAUGUCUUACAUUGCGUGGCCUACGGAGACAAUUAGCAUUUUAUAAGGAUGAUAGAUAUGCCCAAAAUCUUCUUGACUUUGUUUUUUAGGGGCGUUACUUGGGUGAUAGCGGAUUAUAAGUACUUAAUUACCCACAAAUUACUCUGUUUAUCAACGUUACUGAAUUUAACUCUUUUGUUUACAAAGAGUUGUUAUCUUAAAGCAGAACGCCCGCGUCGGGAACAGAUAGGGCCAACUUUGAACACGUGUUGAAAAAUGGCACGAAACAUGUUUUUAGUGAAAACCGGCGAAAAAAUUAUGGAAGAAAGCAAAAUGAAGCAAACUGAUUAAACAGAAGUAAUUCAAGUCUUUAGUUUGAUGCUUUUUCUUAAAUAUUGCGAUACAAAUAGAGUAAUUCGUGAUUUUCGUUAGCGUGAGUUGAGACACGGAGUUUUGGAAGCUCUGUUUGAAUUGGUGGCCUUUCAAGUGUUUGGUAUCACUUAUCACACCUUGGACUCACGCGACGUUUACUCCCUGCUUUUUGUCCGAACGCUACAUGCUUUUAUUUUUUUUUAAUUUUAUCUUGCUUUUAGCCUUAGCCUGGUAGAAUACAUGAAAUCUUACUACAGUUUAAAUUUGAUGUACCUAUUUGAACCUUUUUAUCUUAAAAUAUCAUAAAACUUUUUCGACUUUAAUUUUUUUUUUUCAAAUAAUGUGGCAUUUCAACCAUUUACGUUUAGUGUUAAAUCAUUCUAUUUAGUACAAAUUAUUUAUAUUUUUUGGCCCAACUCAAUGUAAUGGCAAAUUCAUUUAGCUCAGCAACCAAGUAAAUCCAAAUCUUGUCGCCUCGCUUUCCAUAUUUUAUGAAUGACUCGAAAACUGUUUAAAAUUAUUUUCCUCUAACAUUUUGAUCGCUAAUCCUAUCCUUAUCUUUUCUAGGUAUGGUUUAAAAACAGAAGGGCUAAGUUUCGACAGCAAAACAAGCAACAACAAGGCGCCCCAAGCAAGCCUAAACCAACAGCAGCUAAGCCAAGAAAGAGCCCCCCACGCCACCUGCUUCACAGCAUGUCCAAGAUCCAUCGCCAAAGCCAUCCCCCAUAG